GGCACAUAGAGGUUGCAAAAAUUUGUCUUAUUAUAUUCUGAACUUAUUCCAUAUAGUAUUUCCUUUCCCUAAUUUAAAAGAUUCGCUGCAUAUUUGUAUCAGUAUAUACACAUGAAGGUAUGACGAUGUGAUUAUACAUCGUCCGUUUAUGUGAUUCGCUUGGGUAUUCAUUCGCUCUAGGUCAUCGUCAUCUGCGAUUAACGCAGAAUCCAACAAGACUUGUAUAGAUGGGUGACGUAGCUAAAGAUCUUACCGCUGGUACCAUUGGAGGGGCAGCACAAUUGGUAUGCGGACAUCCAUUCGAUACCAUUAAGGUCAAGCUCCAAAGUCAGCCCGUUCCCCUUCCUGGACAGCUGCCGAAAUAUGCUGGUGCUAUAGAUGCUGUAAAAAAAACAAUAGCUGCUGAAGGUGCGGGGGGUCUGUACAAGGGCAUGGGAGCCCCUCUUGCCACUGUGGCAGCCCUUAAUGCAGUGCUCUUUACAGUCCGAGGUCAGAUGGAAGUGUUGCUGAGGUCUGAACCUGGUGCUCCUCUCACAGUGAACCAGCAGAUCGUUUGUGGGGCUGGAGCUGGAGUUGCUGUUUCCCUUCUCGCCUGCCCUACCGAGUUGAUCAAAUGCAGACUACAAGCCCAGAGUGCACUAGCAACUAUUGGCGCAGGAGCAACUGCUCCGAAGUAUGGUGGCCCAGUGGAUGUUGCGAGACAAGUCCUUCAGUCAGAAGGAGGUUCGAGGGGCUUGUUCAAGGGUUUGGUUCCAACGAUGGCACGAGAGAUACCAGGCAAUGCUGCCAUGUUUGGCGUGUAUGAAGGACUGAAGCAGUAUAUGGCUGGUGGGAGAGACACUUCGGGUCUGGGAAGGGGCCCGCUGAUGCUGGCCGGAGGUCUAGCCGGAGGCGCAUUCUGGCUCGCUGUGUACCCAACGGAUGUUGUGAAGAGCAGUAUUCAGGUGGAUGACUAUAAGAAUCCCAAGUUUUCAGGCUCCAUUGAUGCAUUCAAAAAGAUCUUGAAGGCUGAAGGAGUUAAAGGCCUGUACAAGGGGUUCGGGCCUGCCAUGGCCCGCAGCGUUCCUGCAAAUGCAGCAUGCUUCUUGGCGUAUGAAGUUACCAGGUCUAGCUUAGGAUGAUUUGAUGUCUUCUUAGAGAUUUGAUACCCAUUUUAUCGAUUUAAAACUCAAAAUGAGAUCAAUUUUUGCACUUUGA